CCUAUGUUGGCCUAGAGUUAAAAUGAUAUUUUUAUCUCACUUUUAGGGGGAUUAAUCACAUAAAUAAAAUUUUCCAAAAGAUGGCGCCUAUCAUUCUAAGCAACUUUGCUUAAGAUACUGUACCUCAAAAAUCACGUUUUAAUGAGUUAUCAAUCAAGAGUCUGAAAUUGUGCUUUGAACCACUACGCAGCGCUUCGAAGCCAAGCACAUGAAGUGGAUUAUUUCUUUAUAGUGGCUUCUGUGUUCUUCGACCAUAUUGGACUAGCCGUAAUAUUGGACAUUGAAAAUUGAAAUUGAAAAUUGACAUUAAACAUUGAAAAGAUUGAAAAUAGGAACUGAUGGAGGAAAGAGUUCACUUAAAAUAUUUUUUAUUAUUUAUCAAUUAAUUUAAAAUAUCUUUGAACAUAGAAAAUAACAUUUUUUCCGAACAUAUAAUUCUUCAAAAGUUGAUAGCCAACACAAGAACAGUUCACUCCUCACAAGAUUUCUCACUUCUAUUCCAAAAUUCCAACUGUCCCUUCGCCUACUUGGAUCAUAUUUGACAUGUGACAUUUUAUUUGAAUCUAGCAACAUUUUCGUUUUCAACGGUGGCACUACACCAGUAUAGAACAAAAAAGGAUGCCUUGAUCACACCCAAAUUGGAACAAGUAUAAUCGGUGCUACACUACACUAAUGCAGUGCUAAUUUUGUCGAAAAUAUUCUAGUUAUCUCUGAGAAAUCGAUGUGAGUUCGUUUUUAUAAACUCUUGAUCAAUGUUUCCGAUCCAUCUUAAUUCGGAUAUUAAGGUCUGAGGACAGAGGGUCGCGUGUUGAGUUUUAAAUCGACCACGUGGCUCACUCAAUUCCCUUUGCGUAUCGUAUUUCUUUUGUACUCUUUCGUAUAUGAGCAAACUGUACCGGGUUACAGGCCCGUACCUAGGAUUUCAUUUCGGGAGGGGCCCAAAGAUUAAAAAAUAAUGUUACUGAAGAUUCCUUAUGUACCUAAUUCUCGGUGUGCCUUUUACGGCUGUUUUUAACAUACACUUUAAACUUUUCCACUGGAACUGAUAUUGUAUUACAUUUCAUUACGUUUACUGUCUUGUUAUUUCUGUAACACAUAUCUGAGACAUUCUAAAUUCUUAUAUGGUUUUGAUUUCGGGAAGGGCCAGGGCCCCUCGGGCCCCCCCUCUGGGUACGUGACUGCCGGGUUACCAGCAUACAUUUUAUUAUUUUGAUGAGUAGUUUUAUCACAUAAAUCUAUCGUAUGGGUUGGACAUUACAUGGAUUCCAAUGAACAAUGAAAAAAUAUUCAACUUUCGCAAAAUUGAAUGCGAAAAAAGUGUUCAUAUACAAUGAAACGUCUAUGUGUUUGGCAGCCUUGUCGAGCCAAUUUUAUUUCUCUCUCCUUUUUCAGAAUGCUAUCAGGAAACCAAAGCGAAAAAAAUGGCGGAUGCAAUGAAACUGACUUUGUUUCACAGAAAAAUACAAGACUUUAUUUUUAUCGCGAUAACAUAUAUGCUUUUAUGUUAUAAUCGCAUUAUCAUUAAACUUAAUUAUCUAGACUUUGUCACGGUAGAUUUAUGAUACAAGCCUUCAAAGCCGAGAUAUUCGAUGAACAGGUAGAGGUAUGCAUUUCCGAGCGUUCCAAUUUUCAGCAGUUCUUCAGUCAGAAAAAAAUACAACACGACCGCUAAACUCAAUGAAUCAUUCUGAAAAUUUUACAGAACAUUCUCAACUAAAUUUCGAAGACAUUGUCAGGUGGGUUUUCUAUAUUCAGUACCAUUUCCAAGAAAAUUUAAUUUGAAACGGAAAAAUAGCAAAAAACCUACCACUUUACGGUACUGUCCUCAGCCCUUAAACACCAAUAGGAUUUUGAUUGGUCCUGCGACGUUAGGACUCGGAUUAGUAAGAUUUUACAAAUGUAAGAUGCUGUGAAACAUAUUUCAUUUUCAAGCACAUUAUUUGGAACAAAUAGUAGUAUCAACAAAAGAACUUAGAGAGGAAACCAUUUUUGUUGCAAUUUCCUAUAUGUUUCCAUUGUACUUGCCGGUCCAUUGCAGCUCAGCUGGAACCGCCAAGCAGACGUAAAAUUUGAUCCUUCUAACGAAUUGAAGACGAAACGAAAAUAAAAUUGAAAGCGGUACUGUGUCCGAAGCAUGAAUUGGUGAUUUGUUUUGGCCUCUCAAAAACUUGAUUAUAUUUUCGUACAGUUAGUAAACUGAUCAACAAGUAAAUUUCUAUUAAACAACAACGCUAUAUCAUUAAUGACAAACAUUAAAGUAUUACCUCAAUUUUUGUUGUGUCUCUAUCCGUAAAGUCAAAUGCGAGUGAAUAAUUACACUAAGCGAGUUAACAAAAAUAGCACUUCUAUGAUGCUACCAACUUCUCGGUAUUUUCAUAAUGAUUUCGUCUUGGGAACACAAUCGAUGCCCAAGUGACGACGCAGUGACCGCAGGUUUGCUAGGAGAUUUGUUUGUCUCGUCGUCGAACCGAUCUGUUUUCUCUUCUCGUGCUACAACAAUUCUUUUGGUUUGGAUUUCAGUGAUUUCUGGUGCGGUUUGUUGUGCGGUUUACUCAGCAAGCAAGCUGGUGCUGACUCGACGCCAAAUUAUGUUCAUUUGAGCAGUUGUGUUCGUCUGGUGAUUUAAUUUUUUUUUCUGUUUCGGCGCCCGAUGAAUUUAUAUCAGUGCGACUGUUGACUUCAGGGUCAUGUUAUUAUUUUUAUUCGAGAUAUUCGAUGUAUAUCUAGAAAGUAUUAUUUGUUGGCAUACACUAAAUUCGAUUUUUUUGAUAUAUGAUAAACAGCAGAUAAACGUCGGGAACAGCCGAUUCGGAGCCGCCCGCCAGACACACCAAGCGAUACCAAGUUUCGCGCGGAACACUGCCGGCCGCCGUUCGGAACCACAAAUGAGACAAUGGCAGGACACGGAUCGACGGCCACUGGGAGGAAAUCCAACGGAAACAUUCACAAGAUCCGGGAGUUCGAACUGGACAAGGUCACCCUUUCCGAUGAGUUUGACAUCCUGCAGAUUGUGGGCGAAGGAUGGUUCGGUAAGAUUUUGCUCGUCGAGCAUCGGGCCACCGACACGGAGAUGGUGCUGAAGCUGCUACCGAAGCCGUUCGUGUCGCUGACGGAUUUCUACAAAGAAUUCCAUUUUAGUCUGCACCUGGGCCACCACAAAAACAUCGUCACCACGUACGAUGUGGCGUUUGAGACGGCCGGCUUCUACGUGUUCACGCAAGAGUAUGCGCCUCUAGGCGAUUUGACUUCAAAUGUUUCGGAUAGCGGAAUAGGAGAGUUGCACACGAAGCGGGUCGCUCGGCAGCUGGCUUCUGCCAUCGAUUAUAUGCAUCAGAAGGAACUCAUCCACCGGGACAUCAAGCUGGACAAUGUGCUGGUGUUUCGUUCCGAUUUCGCUCGCAUCAAGCUGUGUGACUUCGGAGAGUCCCGUCGCAUCGGCGAGGAAGUUCUACGGCGGAACGAAUGGUUACCGUACAGCCCACCGGAAGUGCUGACGGUGAAAACUGAUGAUAAAUACAAGACUGAAACUGCACACGAUGUUUGGCAAUUUGGUAUUGUAUGUUUUGUAUGCCUGACAGGUUGCUUGCCGUGGCAAAAGGCUUCCGCAGACGAUCCCCGCUUCAACAGAUAUCAACAGUGGCAUAGUGCCACGCUGACAUUUCCAAUGAAACGAUGCCCUAAGCUGUUCAAACUGUUAUCAGCUAGGGCUUGCAAGAUAUUCAAGAAGUUUCUGGAUCCUCGGCCGGAGCGACGAUUGAAGACACUGAGCGAUGUGCAGAAGUACCUGGAUGACAGGUGGCUUGCCAAGAGUGCAGAAAAAGAAAUGGCCGAUAAUGAACCGGAUGAACUGUGCCCCUCUAUGUAUUCCUUCCACAGUAGUGUCGAGGAAAAAAAUCGACUCUUAUCCACUUUGGCUCAGUGUGGUAUUGAGACAACGGUUGAUCGUAUUGAGAAGAAGAAUAGGAUCCGCGACUGGAUUCAAUCUUCGGUAAUUACGGAAGAGGAAGAGGAGGACGAUUCGGGAUCCGCUACACCGACGUCUACCGCUUCCAGGACGGCAGUUCCAGGACAUGUCUCCUCGGUAGCGGCAAUGGAGCGGUCAGAAAAGAAAAUCAACACUACCGUGAAGGACGCUUCGCACAAGCAUAUUGAUCCCAGAACGGGCACUGUUCAACUAAGUCCUAGCGAAAUGGGAUCCGUAACUGUUGAUCAAUUUGUAAAAACUAAAAACGACCGAAAUAACAACUCAAAACCAUCGGCACAGAAAAACGGAGGAAAUUUUAAUUCGACACGUUUCUACGAUGAAGCUGUUCCGAUUAAUCCUUUGACUACAAGCAACAGUGCAUCGAGUGCUGCACGCAUGACACAGGCAUUUUAUUCCACAUCAGAAGUUCCGGAAGUUAAUGGAUCUCGCCGAAAUAAUGGAAGCAACGUCUCCGGGACCGUCCAGGAUAGUGGAUAUGGUGGAUCUUUCGAUAGUAACUGGUCACAACAGCAACCGGGCAAAAUAUCCUCCAUUGCUAAGCGGUCCCCGGCCCUUCCGAAACGGUCCGCCAUGAUUAAAUCGGAAAACACAACCCACGAGGAGGACGAUGAAUUGGAAGAGGUCGACCGGGAAUUUUCCAACGAUUUCGAAGAUCUCGAGUUGGACAGGACUAACUUCAAUGAACGUUCGAACGCGGCCAACACGACCACUAAAGACAGUCCGUACGAUAAAUACUUUUUUAGAAGGAAGUGACCGACUGCAGACUGCAAACUGCAAACGACUGAGAGUUGGCUAAUAUCAAAUGUUUUUAUUUACUCGCGCGCACCGUUUUCAUGCACCUCGUUUUUUAUGUGUGUGAUGAAAAAUUAGCAAUAAGAGCAGCCAAAUAAGACAUUUUAAUAAUGUAUUUGCACCUUUCCGGCUCAGUGUUCUUCACGGCAGUUUUGGCACAAACUUUUUUUCAAACCAUGUGUAGAAUCGGAUAGUGAAAAUAAAUAUAUAGGACGGAUUUGAUUCGAUUGUAUUUCACACCACACGAUCCCUCUAAUAAUGAUUGGAACAAAAAUCAUCUUUAGUGAAUCAAGUGAAUGAGAUACGUGCUUGUUUACUGAAUCGAGUAAAUUUUUGGGCUGAAUGCACUGUACACUGGAAAAAUUGUUUGAUGAUAUGAUUCAAUAAAAAAAAGCGAGAAAGCUGUUUUGGGUCAAU